AUGGCUGCAAUUUUGAGAGUUGCAGAGGUUUUAGAAUCSUACAGGGGCCGCGAUAAAAUUCUACGGCUGGCUUCUUAUUCCUCCCUAUUAGUAGGUGGAAGUCUUAAAAACACGAAGCUACAAGGGGUUGGACAAAGCUUGGGCAUUUUGUCAAAAAAUUUAAACGAGUGUCGCACGAUCCUGAGGUUGUUUGAUGAUCUCUCGAUGUUUCUACAUUGCAGGCGAUAUGGUCUCGGUUCAAAGGAAAAUGACAUGUUCAUCCAGGUAACAACUCURGUAAGCAACUUCUUCAUGCAAUCAUAUUACCCAAUAGAGCAYAUUGCUUGGGCUCGUGACCACAAAAUCCUKACAGGCAAAUCAGGCAAGUUGUGGACACUGGURAUCUUUCUAUGGUUGGGAUACCUGUUGAUUUCUAUUGCUCAGAGCUUGUGGCUCUUGAAAACUCUUAAAAAUGUUGAAGACGAAAGUGCUGAAGACCAUAAGGAAUGGUAUCAUGCAAAGAAAAGGCAGCUUAUUGUCACUUUAAUUGGAAGUCUGGGCGAUGCAUGCAAUGCUAUCAACUGGCUUCCUGAAGGAAUUCUCUGGAGUGGAAAGUUUAGUCAGGCAGUGAUUGGAUUGCUGGGAACUAUUUCAUCUUCUGCACUGUUUUAYAAUUAUCUGAACCCUGUUCCUCCCAAGAACAGCAAAGUGUUAAGUAAGAAAUCUUGAAUGCAAAGAAUUAGUAAAGAGGUUCAGUUACUUCUUCCUCUAAGUGACUAUUGGUACAGUAGUUUAUAGAUCACAAGGUCAGUGAUCAUUAAAUUUAAAGUAAUGUUUUAACAUUAUUAAUGUCUUUAUACUGAAAAGUGUAGGAAAUACUAGAGUAGCACUAAAGCUAAAAAAUAAAAUAAUUAAUUAAUAAUUAUAAACUAUACAAACUGACAUCAUAGAUUUUAGAAAUUUAGAGACUUUCACUAAUUAGACAUUUAGGAGUGACAUAAUUUGAUGGUACAGUCUACAAAUAUGAUAAUUCCCCCCUCCCCCCUAUGUUUCAAGCUACAUAGAUAGCAGAUAAUCUCCCUUCAAUAAUGAAUUUAACUUUUUAAAGCAACCCCCACCCCUACAAAACAGAGUUUUACCCCCACCCCGAACAUUGGGCAAGCCAAUAUGUUUAAAUAUACAUAAAUAAUAAAGGAGAAAAUUUGACGUUUCAUAAAGCAUAUUACUUAGAUAUCUACCAAUAUUAGAAAAAUGUCUUCACUUGAGUCAGAAACAGUGAACCUGACAACCACAUUGUAACAGCAACURCCUAUAGUUGACAGUUAAUAGAUUGUGUAAUUCAUAUACAUAAUUCUGCAACAUCACUGACUUAUACAAUGUAAAUAUAUAUACACCUACUUGCGAAAACGUUGUCAUAAAAAAAUAGGACGUUUCUAUUUUAGUAAAAAGGAAUAAAUUAAAAAUAAUAAAAAAGAUCACUGAGGCUGAACGCCCUCUUUUGUCUUGUUUUAAUUUAUUCCUAUUUACUAAAUUCGAAUGUUCUAUUUUCUAUGACAACGUUUCUGCAAGUAGGUGUAUCUCCAACCACAUUUCUGUAAGCUCAUAAUCUCAAAUAUUUAAUGGGUUUCAACACUGUUACAAGCUAGUAACACAUCCUUCGCAUAUCAUUUUAACACAAUAAACAAGCCUUGUUCA